GAGAGGAGGAGCACCGUGGAGAAGCUGCAGGAUGGACGGGUAACAGGGAGGAACGCGACCGUACAUCCGGAGGAGAGAGCGCGAGGAGGAGAGCGCGAGGAGGAGGAGGAAGAGGAAGAGGAGGAGGAUGAAUUCUGUGGAGGGAGGAGGAGAGGAAGGCCUGGCGACGGCAGGUCCGGGUAAAGCCGAGUGUCCGCGGGCCGUCGACGUCCUGACGGUGCUCAGAGAGAAAGUGGCCUUUGUGUCAGGGGGGCGGGACAAACGUGGCGGACCAAUCCUGACCUUCCCUGCCAGGACCAAUCACGAUCGAAUAAAACAGGAAGACCUCAGCCGAUUGGUCACCUACCUGGCGACCAUUCCCAGUGAGGAUGUGGGCGCGCGGGGCUUCACGGUGGUGGUGGAUAUGCGCGGCAGUAAGUGGGACAGCGUGAAGCCCGUUCUCCGGACGCUGCAGGAAUCCUUCGCCUGCAACAUCCACGCCGCGCUGCUCAUCAAACCAGACACCUUCUGGCAGAAACACAAGACCAACCUGGGCAGCGCCAAGCUCAGCUUUGAGACCAACCUGGUGUCGGUGGAGGGUCUGUCCCGGCUGGUGGACCCCUCCCAGCUGACCUCUGACCUGGGGGGUUCGUUGGAGUACGACCAUGUGGAGUGGACGGAGCUGCGUCUGGGCCUGGAGGAGUUCACCGGGGCCGCCACGCAGCUGCUGACCCAGCUGGAGCAGCUGGAGGCUGGGCUGAACCGCAUCCCGGAGCCCCAGGACGUGGACGAGGCCCGCAAACUCCUGGAGGAACACGGCCGUCUCCGAAACACCAUCUCCACGGCGCCGGUCGACUCCCUGGAGCGGGAGGGGCGGAGCUUGCUCCAGCGAAUGCGCAGCGGUGGCGGUGGGGGGGGAAGUCACGGCAGCUGGCUGUCCGGCGGAGCAGACUUCCAGAGUGUCGCUCCGAAGGUCUCGGCUCUGCUGGAGCGACUGCAGGCGGCGCGGACUCACCUGCUGCAGAGCUGGGGCGACAGGAAGCUGCACCUGGAUCAGACGCUGCAGCUGCACCUGUUCGAGCAGGACGCCACCAAGAUGUCGGAGUGGAUCGCUCACAGCAAAGAGCUGUUCGUCCAGAGUCUGGCGGAGGUCGGGCAGAACCACCAGCAUGCCCUCGACCUCCAGACGCAGCACCAGCACUUCACCGCCAACUGCAUGAACGGCAGCGUGAACGUGGACAGCGUGGUUACCGUGGCGGCGAGGCUGGCUGAGGCCGGUCACUACGGGGCGGAGCGAAUUGCCAUGGUGUCGUCACGGUUACAAGAAGACUGGAAGUCCCUGACGACGGCGCUGGAGGAGCGCAGCAACACGCUCGCCAUGGCAACCGGCUUCCACCAGGGGGCGGAGCAGUUCCUGCUGCGGGUGCAGGGCUGGGUUCAGACCUGCUCUGAAGGUCAGCUGCCGUCGGCCGCCAACGAACUGGAGGCCGCGACCAAGAAACACACCGAGCUCAACGAGGAAAUCUCUGCCAACUACACACAGGUCAGUGAGAGUGGUAAAUCCUUGUUGGACGUCCUCCAGCGUUCCUCGCCCUCCGACUCAGAUGAAACUGGGACAAAACCAGACUUCACCUCCGCCACGCACGGCAUCAUGGGAGUUCUGCACCAGGUCAUGCAGGGUCAGCAUGAGGUGGAGGGGGCGUGGCAGCACCGUAAGCUCCGCCUCCACCAGCGCCUGCAGCUCUGUGUGUUUCAGCAGGACGUCAGACAGGUGUUGGACUGGGUGGAGCAGCAUGGAGAGGUUUUCCUGAACAAACACACCGGCGUGGGGAAGUCUCUGCACCGAGCGAGAGCGCUGCAGAAACGCCACGACGACUUCCAGCAGGUCGCACAGAACACGUACACUAAUGCAGAGAAGCUUCUGGAAGCAGCGGAUCAGCUGGCUCAGUCCGGAGAGUGUGAGGAGGAGGAGAUCUACCAGGCUGCCCGAGACCUGGAGCUCCGGAUGCAGGCAUUCAUACAGAGGGUGGAACAGAGGAAGCUACUGCUGGACCUGGCUGUGUCUUUCUACACACACACCAAGGAGCUGUCGGCCUGGAUGGAGGGUCUGCAGAAGUCUCUCUCCGUUGACCCCGGUUUGUCUCCGGACUCGGUGGAGGGUCUUCAAGCUCUGAUCAGCCAGCAGCAGCAGCAGCAGGCCAACACACAGGAAGCUGCGAUGAGUGUCAUCCGGGAAGGAGAAGACCUCAUCCUGCAACUCAGGUAGGUACACACCUCACAGAUGGCCAUAACAAGCGUCCCCCUUCUGCCUCAGGGCAGCUCGGUGGUUCAGGUGGAGACAGUGCUGCAGCAGCUGGAGGAGUCUCACAUGCAGCUGGAGGAACUCUUCCACCAGAGGAAGCUGCGCCUGGACGUCUUCCUGCAGCUGCGCAUCCUGCAGCAGUGCACCCUGGAGGUGACGGGGGAGAUGGACGCCUGGAAGCAGGACUUGCAGAAACAGGCACAGGAUUUCUCAGCUAAUCCAGAGGUGCUAACGCUAGCUCAGCAGCGCAUACACAGGCACAUGGAGAGACGGCUGGCGAUGAACAACAUGAUCUAUGAGGUCAUCCAGCAGGGUCAUGACCUGCAGCAGUACAUCACAGAGGUUCAGGCCUCAGGUAAUACAUUGUUGGGGCAGAGGGUGGGGGGGCUGUCCCCUCAGGUGGAGGAGCUGCAGCGCCACCUGCAGGAGAAACAGAAGGAGCUGCAGCAGAUCGCUGAUCACACGCACACACACCUGGAGCAGAACCUACAGCUGAGACACCUGCAGAGCCAGGUCAAACAGGUGCUGGGCUGGAUCCAGGAGGGCGAGGUGAUGCUGUCAUCCUGCAUGCUGAACUCCAGUUGUCUGUCUGAGGCCGAGCAGCUGCAGCGGGAGCAUGAGCGCCUCCAGCAGGCCAUCGAGGCUCUGCUGCACGCUGACUCUCUGCAGAGGACGCACCAGGUGGCGCUCGCUCUGCAGCAGAGGGCCGAGCUGCUCGUCAGGUCGGGGCACUACGACCCGGAUGCAGUGCGCUCCUGUGCCCAGACGGUGGCGCUGCACUGGCAGACCCUGAUGCUGCGCAUCGAGGACCGGCUGAAGCUGGUCAACGCCUCGGCCGCUUUCUACAGGACUUCUCAGCAGGUGUGUGGGGUUCUGGAGAGUCUGGAGCAGGAGUACCGGCGAGAGGAGGACUGGUGUGGGGGUGGGGAGCGUCAGCCGGAGCUGCUGCUGCCACUCGUCAGUAAACACAUGGAGCAGAAGGAGGCCUUCCUCAAGGCGUGCACCUUGGCGAGGCGCAACGCUGAGGUCUUCCUGAAGUACAUCCACCGGAACAGCGUCACCAUGCCCGAGGUCAGCGGGCACUCCAGGGUCCCCGAGCAACAGGUCAAAGGGAUCCUCAGUGAGCUGCUCCAGAGGGAGAACCGGGUCCUUCACUUCUGGACUCUGAAGAAGCGCAGACUGGAUCAGUGCCAGCAGUACCUCAUGUUCCAGAGCCACACCCAGCAGGCUCUUGAUUGGCUGCAGCAGUCAGGUGAUCACUACCUGGCCACUCACACGUCGCCGGGGGCCACCAUGGGCGAGACACAGGAGCUGCUGAAGCAACACCGAGAGUUCUGCGUGUCGGCCAAGCACACGCAGGAGAAGGUGCACCUGCUCAUCCAAUUGGCUGAGAGCAUGCUGGCUAAAGGCCACGCCCACCGCACCGAGCUGCGUCGCUGCGUCUCCGCCGUCGACAAGCGCUACCGGGACUUCACUGUCCGGAUGGGCCAGUACCGCCACCUGCUGGAGGCCGCCGCGGGGGGCUGCUCUCAGGACAAUAAGGACCUGGAGCUGGAGCUGAUCCCCAACAGUCUGUCGGACUCGGACCCCGAGGUGAACCUGUCCGACCCGAGCCACCAGGUCAGCGACGAGAAGAGGCGCUCUGCCCGCAAGAAGGAGUACAUCAUGGCCGAGCUGCUGCAGACGGAGAGGGUCUACGUCCGAGACCUGCAGGAGUGCAUCGAGACGUACAUGUGGGAGAUGACGAGCGGUUCGGAGGACGUCCCCUCAGGACUCCACCACCGAGACGAGGUGGUGUUCGGGAACAUCCAGGACAUCUACGAGUUCCACAACAGUAUCUUCCUGAAGGAGCUGGAGAACUACGAGCAGCUCCCUGAAGACGUGGGCCACUGCUUCGUCACCUGGGCGGAUAAGUUCCACAUGUACGUGACGUACUGCCGGAACAAGCCGGACUCCAGCCUGCUGAUCCAGCAGCACGGGGUUUCCUUCUUCGAGGAGGUCCAGAGGAGACACGGGCUCAACAACUCAGUGUCCUCAGCGCUCAUCAAACCGGUGCAGAGGAUCACCAAGUACCAGCUGCUGCUCAAGGAGCUGCUGGCGUGCUGUGAGGAGGGGAAGGGGGAGAUAAAGGAAGGGCUGGACGUCAUGCUAAGCGUCCCCAAGAGAGCUAACGAUGCCAUGCACGUUAGCAUGCUGGAAGGUCUGGAGGAGGGUCUGGAGGCAGGGGAGCUCCUGCUGCAGGACUCCUUCCUGGUCUGGGAGCCGAAGUCUCUGAUCAGGAAGGGGCGGGACCGACACCUCUUCCUGUUCGAGCUGUCACUCAUCUUCAGCAAGGAGCUCAAAGACUCGUCGGGGCGGACCAAGUACCUGUACAAGAGCCGGCUGAGGACCUCAGAGCUGGGGGUGACGGAGCACAUUGAGGGCGACGCCUGUAAGUUUGCUCUGUGGGUGGGACGCACCCCGACCUCGGACAACAAGACGGUGCUGAAGGCGGCGUCCCUGGAGCUUAAGCAGGAAUGGGUCCGCAGCAUCCGGCAGGUGAUCCAGGAGAGACGGGGCCACCUGAGGGGGGCUCUGAGGGAGCCCAUCCCCCUCCCCAAGACCCCCAACCCAACGCUGGGGAGGCAGCGCAGCAUCAGCCGCCGGGAGACGAGUGAGGACGCAGACAGUUUUGGAGACGCCAGCAGUCAGCCUGACACGGUGUCCAUCGCCUCCCGAACCUCCCAGAACACUGCAGACAGCGACAAGCUGUCCGGCGGCUGUGAGUUAGUGGUGGUGUUGUUGGAUUUCUCCCCCUGCGCGGCCGGAGAGCUCGGGGUGCGCUGCGGUCAGACGGUGGAGCUGGUGGAGAGGUCAGCAGAGCGGCCCGGGUGGUGUCUGGUGAGGACCACCGACACUACGCCCCCACAGGAGGGGCUGCUGCCCAUGAGCGCCCUCUGCCUGUCUCACUCUCACAGUGCAACCGACAUGGAGGGUCUCCUCCCCCCCACCACUUCCUCCUCCUCCUCCUCCUCCUCCUCCACCGGCACCACCACCUCCUCCUCCUGCAACUCUUCCUCCACCACCACCACCUCCUCUUCCUCCACCUCCUCCUCUGCAGGCCGCGACUCGACUCUGCUGGGCUCUGACGCUCCGCUCACCUGUCAAAGUGCCAUCCCCCCUGCUGUGUUCGGGGCUCCGGGGGCCGCCGGCUCUCCGGGGCCGAAACGCGGAGGCUCCGGGACCGGAAACACCCUGAAGCGCUGGUUGACCAGCCCGGUGCGCCGGCUGAGUCAGGGGAAAGCUGACGGACAGAAGAAACCUCCAAUCAGAGCGAGGAGGCGGGACAACCGUGCGGAUCAGGCCACGCCCCUCACAGCGCAGACCAAGACUAGGAAGGAGGACGGGGGGCAGAGCGGGGGGGAGGAGGAGCCAGAGGAGGAGAGCACCUCCUUCUUGCCCCCCCCCAUGCAGAUCAUCAAGGACCCCAACAACCCCGAGGCUCUGGAUUCGGAUCAGGGCUCCAACGAGUCGGACACGGAGCAGAGGAACAAAGCUCUGAGAGGACGCAUGUUCGUGGUGAACGAGAUGAUCCAGUCAGAGAAAGACUACGUGAAGGACCUCGCCGUCAUCGUGGAGGGCUUCAUGUCCCGGCUGGAGGUCCGGGGGAUCCCCGAGGACAUGAGAGGAAAAGACAAAAUCGUGUUCGGAAACAUCCAGCAGAUCUACGACUGGCACCGCGACUUCUUCCUGGUGGAGCUGGAGCGCAGCGUGCAGAACCACGACCUGCUGGCCGACCUCUUCAUCAGACACGAGCGGCGGCUGCACAUGUACGUGGUUUACUGUCAGAACAAACCCCGGUCAGAGUUCAUCGUCAUCGAGUACGAGACCUUCUUCGAGGAGAUCCAGCACGAGAUCAGCUGCAGGAUGUCCAUCAGUGAUUACCUGAUCAAACCCAUCCAGAGAAUCACCAAAUACCAGCUGCUGCUCAAGGAUUUCCUUAAGUACACAUCCAAAGCAGGACUCGAUUGUGAGGACAUCGAGAAAGCGGUGGACCUGAUGUCGUUGGUGCCGAAGCGCUGCAACGACAUGAUGAACCUGGGACGCCUGCAGGGAUACGAGGGGAAGUUGACCUCUCAGGGGAAGCUGCUGCAGCAGGAGACCUUCUGCGUUUGGGAGCAGGACGAGCGGGUUUUAUCCCGCAGUAAAGAGCGCCGCGUGUUCCUGUUCGAGCAGAUCAUCAUCUUCAGCGAGCUGCUGCGCAAAGGAUCCAACAACCCAGGGUACCAGUUCAAGAACAGCAUCAAGGUGAGUUACCUGGCCAUGCAGGACGUUGUGGACGGAGAACCCUGUAAGCUGGUUCUGUGGUCUCGAGGUUCUCCGGAGAGGUUCACCCUGCAGGCGUCCUGCGACAGUAUCAAGAACACCUGGGUGGAAACCAUCGCCACGCUGCUGGAUGCACAGAACAACUUCCUGUCAGCUCUUCAGUCUCCCAUCGAGUACCAGCGGAAAGAGGGCGGGAUCUCAGUGACUCGUCCCCUGUCAUCAGGGCGACCGCCGUCAACCCCACCCACUCCCAACGGACACGCCCCCCCGACCGACAACGAGCAGGACGACCAGGAGCUGGUUCUGGUUCUGUCGGACUUUGUGGCGGUGCGGGAGGACGAGAUAUCGGUGUUCCGCGGAGAGAAGGUUCAGAUCCUGGCGUCCAACCAGCAGGGUCAGAGCCUGGUCUACCGGCCGGCCAACAGCGACUCCCCGGCCGCCGAGGGCUGGGUGCCGCGCAGUGUCCUGAACAAACACUGACACACACACACACACACACACACACACACGGUUUACACACUGGAAGGACAGCGGGGGGCCGGGCCAGAGGCAUGCUGGGAGAUUAUUUUAGGGGAGAGUCUGCAGACGGGAGACGCUUCCAUCUGUUCACAGGAGUUUGACAAAAAUCGCGAAACCUUUAUUUGGACGUCAAUUGGUGUCUUCGCCUCCUCGCUCUACCCCGGACUAAUUAAGAAUAUUUUCCCGCCACACCUCGGCCCCGCCUCCUCUCCAGUAUCCAAUCCGAUGCUCCCAGCAGCAGGGACUGCUCGUCUCCGCCUGCCUGGUGCUUUCAGGUGAAAAAAACAAACGCUCCAUGAAUUUACUGCCUGCAAACUGUUUCCU